AUUGGGUUGUUGGAGCGCCGGAACAGCGCGACGCUUCGGGAGGCAGUGGCGCAGAGAGAAAGCGGUACCAGCACGGGAGGAGACCGGAGAGGGUGAUGUGAUCUUAUACGGGUAGAUACGGGAGGACUGGCGCUUAAAAGCGGUUGUCACUCCGUUGUCCUCUAAAACAGUGUCGUCGUUGGAACGGUGAACCUUCAGAGACCCUGGUUUCAAACGUGGUCUUUUUGUACCUCUAGUCAGCCAUGAUGUCCAUCCAAACCCCUCCCCUCUCACGAAGCGGCUCCUCCCCUUCCUCUGUCGGACUGAACAAUCGCAGUGCCCCCUCGGCGGCCCCACCCACCUCCCUAAGCCUGCGCUCCUCCUAUAACCAGCUGCUGGGGCGUGAUGUCAUCAAAGAGUCGGUCGGCAUGGAGACGGGAAGCUCUGCUACGUUGCCGAAGAGUCGGCAUAGAUACGCCAUGACCAGCGUACGUAGUGCCAUGGGACUGAGCGACCCACUUGCCAGCCAGCAGGCCCGGAACCAAGCCCCCACCCGGGGUAGGGGCCUCCCCACCAAGUCCUCCUCCUCAUCAGCCCUCUACUCCUCCUGUUCAUCCUCCUCCACCUUCUCCUCCAACAACAACCCCAAACUGGCCAAGAACGGAGCCAACCUGCAGCGUCGGGCCGAGAGCCAGCAACAGGAACUCAACAAGGCCCACACGGAGGUCAAGGGUCAAGAAGACGACUUUAACCUUACCUCUGAUUGGCCAGAGUUCGGAAAAGACAACUCCCAAGCCCCGGCCCCCUUUCGCAGAAGGACCAAGAGCUUCCUGGAGUACCAUGAGAAGGACCUGGGGAGGCUAGAUAUGUCUGGCUGGGGGAUCAAAGAGAAGGGGAGGGGGGAGAAGAAUCAGCAGGCCAGCCCGGACAAGGAGAGGGACACCCAGGAGGAGGAGAAACAGAGGAGCAAGCAGGACGUGAAAGAGGAGGAGGAGAAGGAGGAGGAGGAGAAGGUGGAAGAGGGUGAUGGGGAGGCAACCCCCACCCCGUCACUGCCUCUGCUGCCGCUGAUUGAGAGCCCCCCCUCUUCCCCCCAAAACUACUGUCGCCCCGUGGAGUACAACAUCCAGGCUCCAUGCCCUCCCCAGGCCCGGGAGGAGGUCACAACCCAGGUCCAGGGUCACCCUCCUGGGCUGGAAACUCCCCCCAAGCCCCCCCGGAACUCCCAGGCCCCCAGGGUGGUCAAGGUGGAGAUGCACCCCAACAAUGAGAACCUGUACCUCAAACGCCCCCUAGCCACCCCCUCUCACCAGGCCAGGGGUGAAGAUGGCAUCCCUCUCCUGCCCCAGGCCCCUCUUGGCCCCUCAGACCCAGAUGGAAAGAGAGAGGGUCCUGACGUGCCGGAGCCCCCCUCAGAGGAUGAGGACUCCAGCUGGACCACCCUGUCCCAGGAAACCCCCUCCCCUCAGACCCCCAAAGAGACUGCAGAUGUGUGGUCUGAUGGGGACCUCCCCCCAGGCUGGCGUGAGGUCACUGAUGUGUCGGAGGUCUACUUUUGGCACAUCCCCACCGGAACCACUCAGUAUGACCGACCUGUUGCCCAGGGCAACGAACACACACACCCCAACUCUGACUCCCAUUUGGACACACUGAGACCCCCGAAUGAGCGUCCCAGCAGCUUGGUAUCAGACAGCUCUGUGGAGCCCGUCCCCUCUCCCUCCCCCUCCUCCCCCUCCUCACCCUCUGAUGUCAUUGUGGCUGACCGCGGCUUCGACAACACCACCUAUACAGCCAGUGAGCUGAAGGACUACCCCGUCUACCCUGACCCCAGCCUGAAGGCCUUUGAGGGAGCGACUCUCCGUUAUGCUUCCCUGAGACUGAACCCAGCAGCAGAGUUUGUACCAGUGGACCUGAACAGUAACAGUACUGACCCAGAGGUGCAGUCGUUCCCGGUGCGUUCGCUGGGCUGGGUGGAGAUGGCGGAGACGGACCUGUGUGAGGGGCGGAGCAGCCUGGCGGUGCACCACUGCAUCAGACAGCUGUCCUACUGCAGGAGGGACAUCCGAGACUCUGCUGGGGUCUGGGGAGAGGGAAAGGGCAUGCUGCUGGUUCUGGAUGACCGCACGUUGACCCUGGUUGACCCAGAUGACCAUAGCCUCCUACACUCCCAGCCAAUCAGCAGCAUCCGCGUAUGGGGUGUCGGCCGUGACCACGACAGGUAAGGGGAGGGGCCAGAGUGUCAUUACUACCUUUAGAUUAUACACAUAUAAAAACGGUUCGAGAUGGAAGAUGUGUAAACAUCACUGUUUUACAGGAAGGCCCAGGAACUCUUCCUAAACAUACAGAACUUUGUUGGCUACCAUGUUUGGAGGCAGUAUAUUAGAGUGUGCAGGCUCAAACACUUGUCCACUCGGAGAGGUUUUGCCAAGAGGGAGUGGCCCUUCACCUUGUCACACAGUAUGAACCUGUCAACACUGAUCUGAUAGAUUAAUUAAGCAAAAAGGUGUUUCUGUGUGGGGGCUGGGAAAAGAUUUGUCACCAAGCUAUUUUAACCAAGACAGUUUUUUGCUGUUUCAGACUCUAAGGGCAUACUAGACAGUAAUAUGAUUUUGUGUGUGUGUGUGUGUGUGAGAGAGAGAGAGACCUCAUAGUGGGUGUUGAGUCAUGGUGGUAUUAGAUCGAUUCUGCUCUGUGUUAGAGAGGAUUGACACCAUGUGAGAAAAUCGAACAAAAGAUGUCUGGCUUUUCUGAUCUCUUUCUUCAUCCCUCCUCUUUCGCCCUCUGCGUUUUUCUGUUUUUUUAUAUGGAAUACUACGGAACCUUCUCUCUCUUUUGUGCGCUCAAGCACACUCAGACA